CAAAAAUGUAUUCGACAAAAUCAUUUGCUAAAAUAUUACUAACUAUUGUUCUCCGUGAAUAGUUUAAAGCGUAGGCUGGGCAUAAAAUAUAAGAUAAAGGAAUGCUAUGCCAUUAAUUGCACGUAAUAUAAAUAAAUAUCUGGAAUAUGAGUUAACAUGCACUUUAAGGACCAGUGAACUAAUCUUUUGGGUUCCUAAGAAACCAUCAAGAAUAUUUUCACAAUGAUUUACACGGCCAUGUUAACCCUAUAGUGUCGAAGAGUGGUCAAAUCCAGAUAAAACAACAACGGAAUCAAAGACUGGGACACGGUGGGUUAAAUCACAUAAAAAUCUCAAAGAAACACAUUAUUGAAAAGAUCUUCGCUAAUCCGUCCAAGAUGACUAUGAGCGAUUCGUGCGUAGAGAAUCUCUAUUCAAUCGAUGACGAUAUGACAAAGCCCAAAAUGAUGUCUCUAAUCCGUGCUAUGCGAUCCGCCAUUAGUAUUUCGAAGUCGAAGACCGGACACUGCCUCUACAGGAAUAGCAGAUUCGAGGGGACCAAGUUGAAGCAUCGGCUAGAAGCAUAUGGGAAGUGCAAGGCGGAAUACAAGACAGCCUAUGAUGCUGAGAAAAGAAUUGCCGUGGCCAAAUUCCAGCGUAUGUUCGCAACGUGGGAGCGCUACACAAAAACACUCGACAAGAUGACGGGGAAGACAACAAAGUUGACAAUCGAAAAAGAGAAUGGUAACAAUAUAGAAAAACAGUUCGAGAACUUAAUGGAACAGAUGGCCAGCAAGCCCCUGGAAGCUCGAUUAACUGAAAUGAAACUUAAGGAACGAGCUCCAACUCUACCUAGCUUUGAAAGACUCGCCACUGAGGGAUUACUCACUCAAUUUGAACGGGAUAUCAUAGAGAGUAACAAAAAUGACAAUGUUACAACUGCAGCUGAAAUUGAACAGCAUGUCAAGCCAGUGUCAUCUAAGGAAACAAUAGACCUCCUACCUCCCCCAGAAAAACUGUAUGAUUUAGCGACGAUCGUGAACACUCUACGACGAGAAAAAACGAAGCAAAACGAACUACUAAUGAAGAACUGUGUAGGGAGAUGGAAAGCGAAGGUUGAACGUAAAAAUAAUAUGUUGAGUGACAAAUUCAAGUACACCGUCCCUGACCCCAAAUCUAAGACAGCGGCGAUAGGCGGGACAGGAACAAAGAAACAAAAUAAAGGCGAACAUAGGAGAGGAAAUUUUGUAUCCCAGAGAUGUACUCGUUCAAUAACACAAAAUUUACCACCAGAAAUGCGGAAAAAACAUCGAGAAAUGAUGAAAAUGAAAGCAGCCGCGAAUGACCAAAAAACACAAAAGCGUCCUUUACCGCGUAUUGACCAUACAAGACCUGUGGAAGUUACUACGGAUCAGGAUAAAUCCAAAAAUGAUAUAGAAGACGCGUUCCUCGAGACGCUUGUGCAAAUGACUGAAGAGCGUGAACGCGAGAAGAGUGCUAUUCGCGCCAAAUCAGGAAUAAGACAAGAGAAACACAAGUCCUCGAUUUUACCCCCAAUGGACGACAGUUAUAAGAAACACAAUGCUACACAUUUUGUCCAUAACCAUUUGAAUCUGGACAUAAAUAUUCAAGACACUACAGAUCCACAGAGGCGUUCUGGUAGUAGGGGCGACACUAUGUAUUUGUCAGUGCGCACAAACAGUAGAGGAGAUAUGUUACACCCUGUAAGUAGAGGACAUCCGCAAAGUAGAGGACACCCGCAAAGUAGAGGACACCCGCAAAGCAGAGGGGAUUCUUUACAUGCUGUAGUUACAUCAGCGUCCGCUAAACGAGCGUUGUCUUUAUCAGUUCGGAAAUAAUUGAUGACAUUUCUUGAAUGAUGGUGCUAAGUGCUUAAGUAUUCGUUAUAGUUCUAAUGAUAUUAAUUUUUUCAUAAUCUCCUAUUAAAAGGCGGCUGGUUUGAUAUAAGAAUGUUACGGUAUAUUUUCUGCAAUAACAUUAGCCCAAAUUGAUACUCAAAAUAUGAUGUAUCUUCCCCCCACUUUUCAAUAAUUUUUCAAUUAAAUGUGAAUUGCUCUUCCAAAAUUAUAAGUUCCAUAUAUAACAAAGUUUGUCCAAGGUAGAAGAGCAUAAGAUUUAAGGAAAUGAUAUCUUGGAUGUAUUUUCUGAUCAU